UUUCAUAUCAGCGUAUCCGCUCCCCCCUCUCGCUUCUAAGCCCUAGAUCGGUUAGGGUUUAUCGCUCAUUCUCCGUUUCUCCGGUGAUCUUAUCUUUGAGGAGCUCUUUAGUUGGUUUCAAGGAAAAAUGGGUGAAGUUAAGGACAACGAAGCGUAUGAGGAGGAGCUUCUCGAUUACGAGGAAGAAGAGGACAAGGCCCCCGAUUCAGUCAAUGGAAAGGCCGGCGGGGAGGCGGUCAAAAAGGGCUACGUUGGAAUUCACAGUUCAGGCUUUAGAGAUUUCUUAUUGAAGCCAGAGCUACUUCGUGCUAUUGUGGAUUCUGGGUUUGAACAUCCUUCAGAAGUGCAACAUGAGUGCAUUCCCCAAGCCAUCUUAGGAAUGGAUGUUAUUUGUCAAGCAAAGUCCGGGAUGGGCAAGACUGCAGUUUUUGUUCUGUCUACCCUUCAACAAAUUGAACCGGUUGCUGGUCAAGUAGCUGCUCUUGUCCUUUGUCAUACAAGAGAAUUAGCGUACCAGAUAUGUAACGAGUUUCAGCGGUUUAGCACCUACUUGCCUGAUGUUAAAGUGGCUGUGUUCUAUGGUGGUGUCAACAUCAAGGUUCACAAGGAUUUACUAAAGAAUGAGUGCCCCCAUAUCGUUGUGGGGACUCCUGGAAGAGUGUUAGCUCUUGCUAGAGACAAGGAUCUCAGCUUAAAAAAUGUGAGGCACUUCAUUCUUGAUGAGUGUGAUAAGAUGCUCGAGUCACUUGACAUGAGGAGAGAUGUUCAAGAGAUUUUCAAGUUGACCCCACAUGAUAAGCAAGUGAUGAUGUUCUCUGCUACUCUCAGUAAGGAGAUUCGCCCAGUUUGCAAGAAGUUCAUGCAAGAUCCGAUGGAAAUUUAUGUGGACGAUGAAGCCAAAUUGACUCUCCAUGGGCUUGUACAGCAUUACAUCAAGCUGACAGAGCUGGAGAAGAACCGAAAGUUGAAUGACCUUCUUGAUGCCCUAGAUUUUAACCAGGUUGUGAUUUUUGUUAAAAGUGUUAGCCGAGCUGCUGAACUAAACAAACUACUCGUUGAGUGCAACUUCCCCUCCAUCUGCAUCCACUCUGGAAUGUCGCAGGAAGAAAGGUUGACACGCUACAAAGGUUUCAAAGAGGGCCUCAAAAGGAUAUUAGUUGCAACUGAUUUAGUGGGAAGAGGAAUCGACAUUGAGCGUGUCAAUAUUGUCAUAAAUUACGAUAUGCCAGAUUCUGCUGAUACUUACCUUCACAGGGUCGGCCGAGCUGGUCGCUUUGGCACCAAAGGGCUUGCAAUCACAUUUGUUUCAUCUGCAUCAGAUUCUGAUGUACUAAAUCAGGUUCAAGAAAGGUUUGAGGUGGACAUAAAGGAGCUCCCCGAACAAAUCGACACCGCCACAUACAUGCCAUCAUAACUUAUGUCUGGUGACACACCCACAGACCACUCUCACCUUUGUGUGAUGCAUGAGCUCAGAUCGAUAGACUUCCUACAAUCCUGGAGGAUAAGGGGAGGAUUUAUUUAUAUAAGUUAAUUUUCUAUAUAUUUGAGAGAAAUAGAUCGAUUGUGUUGUACUAUUGAUAAAUUUUGGAUGGAACUUCUAGCUCGUCAUCUUCAUGAUUUUAGCCCCCUUGUCGUUGUGGUUUCUUUGAUAUAGGAGGUUUCGUCUUCUAGUACCUGUUAUAACAUCAACAAGCUUAAGUAGACUUACCGGGAUUUGUUUUCGAAAAUGCAUGGUAUUUGUAUGUAGCUAUCUGUUAUUUGUAGCUACUCUUGCCCAGAAAAGUUUGCUUUUUUGGCUUUUA